GGUCACCAGAAGCGGAUCGGUCCUCCAGGUGGAACCCUAGCUCCCGCCGCUGCCUAUAUAACGGAGCAUUCUGCUGUCCAAACAACCCUCGCCCCCUUCUUCCCCUGCAGCCGCCGCCUCUCGUUCCCCUCUUCUCCUCGAGGUUAAGCUCUACUUGUAGCCAUGGGCAAGGAGAAGUCUCACAUUAACAUCGUGGUCAUUGGCCAUGUCGACUCUGGCAAAUCGACCACCACUGGCCACCUGAUCUACAAGCUUGGAGGUAUUGACAAGCGUGUGAUCGAGAGGUUCGAGAAGGAGGCCGCAGAAAUGAACAAGAGGUCCUUCAAGUAUGCGUGGGUGCUUGACAAGCUCAAGGCUGAGCGUGAGAGAGGUAUCACCAUCGACAUUGCCCUGUGGAAAUUCGAGACCACCAAGUACUACUGCACGGUCAUUGAUGCCCCCGGUCACCGUGACUUCAUCAAGAACAUGAUUACCGGUACCUCCCAGGCUGACUGUGCUGUCCUCAUCAUUGACUCCACCACUGGUGGUUUUGAGGCUGGUAUCUCCAAGGAUGGCCAGACCCGUGAGCAUGCUCUGCUUGCUUUCACUCUUGGAGUGAAGCAGAUGAUCUGCUGCUGCAACAAGAUGGAUGCCACCACACCCAAGUACUCGAAGGCCCGCUAUGAUGAGAUUGUGAAGGAAGUCUCUUCGUACCUCAAGAAGGUUGGAUACAACCCUGACAAGAUUCACUUUGUUCCCAUCUCUGGUUUCGAGGGCGACAACAUGAUUGAGAGGUCCACCAACCUGGACUGGUACAAGGGCCCAACACUGCUUGAGGCUCUUGACUUGAUCAAUGAGCCAAAGAGGCCUUCGGACAAGCCCCUGCGUCUCCCCCUUCAGGAUGUGUACAAGAUUGGUGGUAUUGGAACUGUGCCUGUUGGUCGUGUAGAGACUGGUGUCAUCAAGCCUGGUAUGCUUGUCACCUUUGGUCCCAGCGGCCUGACCACUGAGGUGAAGUCUGUUGAGAUGCACCAUGAGGCGCUCCAGGAGGCCCUUCCCGGUGACAAUGUUGGCUUCAACGUGAAGAACGUUGCUGUGAAGGAUCUCAAGCGUGGGUACGUGGCCUCCAACUCCAAGGAUGACCCUGCCAAGGAGGCUGCCAACUUCACCUCCCAGGUCAUCAUCAUGAACCACCCUGGCCAGAUCGGCAAUGGCUACGCCCCAGUGCUGGACUGCCACACCUCACACAUUGCUGUCAAGUUUGCCGAGCUUGUUACCAAGAUUGACAGACGAUCUGGCAAGGAGCUCGAGAAGGAGCCCAAGUUCCUGAAGAACGGUGAUGCUGGUAUGGUGAAGAUGGUUCCCACCAAGCCCAUGGUUGUGGAGACAUUCUCUGAGUACCCUCCUCUUGGUCGCUUUGCUGUUCGUGACAUGAGGCAGACGGUUGCUGUUGGUGUCAUCAAGAGCGUGGAGAAGAAGGACCCCACCGGUGCCAAGGUUACCAAGGCUGCUGCCAAGAAGAAAUGAGGGGGUUUGAGGGUGGUCAUCUUCUGCUUUUCAUCUAUCUUAGUAGUGUUAGUGCUGUUAAGUUUUGUUAGGCCAUUGUUCUUACAGGGCCUUGCAGUUGCUCACAACUGUAAUUUCGCCCUGUCCGGUGUCGCUUAAACGCUACUGUUAUUUUGGUUGUGGUGGAACAUGGGUAUUUUUGCGGCUGAUUCAUAUCACCUAUUAGCUGUGUAGUUCCGGAAUGUGACAAUGCGAGUCCCUUCAUUGCUAGUUUAUACAUGGGUCCAAGUUAUGAGA